AGAAGAAAGUCUCCCAAGGCUUGCCUGUACUGCCGAGGACGCAAAAUACGAUGUGAUGUCUCCCACUGCAAUGGGCCAUGCACGAAUUGCCAUCUUGACAAUGAAAAAUGCAUUGUGGCCGCCAAAGCCUCGAGAAACGGCUCUUUGAUAGAAGCCACCGACAAGAUCGAGACCGAACCAUUCAUGAAGCCGAACGACACCACAAAACAAGGGCACGUUGCAGGGCCUGAGAACCCAGACACCACGGGAACGCUGGGAGAUGGUUCCAGUGCAGCCCCAACAUCAAGUGCUCAAACAUUGCGUUCUGUAAUUGGAGAAGUGCCCAGACGGAACCCGUUGGGGUUUGGUACGGACAUUAUUUACACGCAUUUUCCAUUCCUAAAAGUCUUCAACCUGCGCAGCAUCGCGCCAGAAGACGUCAACUACCUCGAAGUCAAGGGGUGUUUCAAAGUCCCUACGCAACCAUUUCUCGAUGAAUUCAUGCAGCAGUAUUUUCUAUAUGCCCACCCGUUGUUGCCCGUUGUUCACGAAACCCAAUUCUGGGACAUAUAUCGCCAAAUUCCGAAUGAAGAGGGCUCCGAUGGCGAUAGUCAGGCGUUUCCGCUCCUCGUCUUUCAAGCAAUGUUGUUCGUGGCCUGCAGCUUUGUUUCAAAGGAUACCAUCAAAGCAUUGGGCUUCGCCAGCAUCCAGCAUGCUCGGAGUGUCUUCUAUCAUCGCACCAAGGCCCUGUACGAUUUCGACUCUGAACGGUCGCCCCUUUAUGUUGCCCAAGCGGCCCUACUGCUUUCCUACCAGUCCCCAUCCUUUGACCAGGCUGCGAGCAAGCCAGAUACAUUCUGGUUAAGCAUCGCCAUUGGAAGUGCGUUGCGAGCACAGGCUCACCAGUACCUAUCAACAACACGGAAAAUUGGAUGGUCGCAAGAGGCAAAGCGACACAACGCAUUAAAGCGCUUAUGGUGGUGUUGCGUUGUCCACGAUCGAAUCUUGGCAAUUUCUUCAAGGCGGAGCAUCCAAAUUACUCGAGCCCAUUUGGAUAUGCACCCCGACUUGGGAUUCGACGAUGACGACCUUGCGGAUGAAAUAUACGGCUCGAAGGUGUACGAUCCACCCACAAAACAACGAUUUAUUGGCAUGUUUACGAAAUUGGUUGAGAUGUGUCUACUGUUGACUGAUGUGUGUCCACUGCUAUUCCCACUAGAUGAGGGAUUGGAGCUGGACACAGCUAUCAUCGACACGGAGGCCACGACGGUGCAGGACUGCACUGUUGCAUUAAGCCAAUGGUAUGAGUCUGCAACACUUCAAUUUCCCGACGCUGGAGGAAAAGACGCGACCAAAAAAAGAAUCCUACCAGACCCGGUGAUGGUGAAUGCUACCUUGAUGUACAUUUAUUAUCAUUCAAUAAGAGCCUCGUUAUCACACCAUCAAAUGCUAGAGGCCGCAACCGCCAUGCCAACGUCUCCCGAUCAUAGUGAAUCAGCAUCGAACGAAUACUAUAACCUCCAGGCCGCCGUUUCUGGGAUCACUGGCUGUAAGAGAGAGUUAAUACGGCUAGGGUUAAGCCGAUACCUUCCAGCCAGCGCCAUCUAUUGCACUGCACUGCCACUCUUACUUCAUAUCAUUGACUUCAGACUCUCCAAGGGAACGUCAAAAGUGCAAUUGAACCUCUUGAUUGAAGCGAUGAGAGUGUACGAAUCACAAUACGAAGGAGUUCAGUGGGUUGGCGAGACAAUUCAAUUCAUCAUGGAACUACCACAGCUUUCGUCCUUAGUGGACAACAUAUCGCAACCGAACAAAAAAUGGAGUCUCUGUCCACCAUUGGCUACCUGGACAGAUAUUCUAGCUUGCCAACCAAAUUGCUACCUACAGCUUGCGCUGACAAUGGAUUUCAGCUUUAGCCAGGGCAGGUUACCGGGCAAUGGAGACUUUCCUCCCAGGCUGCAG